UUGUGAGUUAUAACGUGGAGAAAGCUUCCACUAAACACUGUGAGGGGACAGAGGCCUAGAGAGCCGGACAUAGUGUACUGUUGGCUCCAGGCGAGGCCGCAUCCUGCUUGUGUAGUGGGACUAUAUCCCCAGCGCAGUUUCGGUGUGCGGAGGUAGCGCCUUACUCCGGCCGAAAGCUGCCCGGGCACAAUUAAGCGGUAGUUGGACCCACUGUUAGGGGAAGAGCGUGCUGCUGCUGUACUGAGUCUAACUAGGACUAAAGCAAAACAUUCCAGGUCCGUAGUCUGCCCCGUGUCAGCAGCACCGGCGCGCAUCACUCUCCAACGGAAGUAGGAAUUUGUACGGGGGGCACACUGGCUCAACACGCGCUGUUUCACAUAGGAGCCAUAUUGGGCGCAUUAAUGUGUUUAGGAGGGGGAGUUAUUGACCAAAGUCUCUUCCGGGUCUGUAUAAUGGUAUAUGCCGUGCGCUCCUAUUAAUUGGACUCGGGUGGCUGCGGUGUAGUUGAGCCUGGACCAGCAGCGCCCGUACUUUACUAAUGCGACGUCUGUUUCGGGGCGUGGCUUUGUGGCAGCGGGGUGCAAACGUCUAGGACCCCUGAAACUGUCUCGUGUCUGUGAGAGUUGUACUGAGGUGCCUGAGGCGAUACUUAGCGCCAUGUGGUCAGUGCAAGGUCCGAGGCGGUUUCGGGGCAGCGCAGAUGAGCGAGGACAGGUGGCAGCCGUGCAAUAUGAAUCUAACAUCCACUACAAAUUGCUUACAAAAUUCCCACAUCAUGGCUUCAGAUCAAGAGAAACUGGUAAAACCCACACCACUCCUGUUAUCUUUGUUAAAAUCUGCAGGUGCCCAAAAGGAAACCUUUACAAUGAAAGAGGUUAUUUACCAUCUUGGUCAGUACAUAAUGGCCAAGCAGUUGUAUGACGAGAAGCAGCAACAUAUUGUCCACUGCUCCAAUGAUCCUCUUGGAGAACUAUUUGGUGUACAGGAAUUUUCUGUAAAAGAGCCAAGGAGACUGUAUGCAAUGAUUUCUAGAAAUUUGGUUUCAGCAAAUGUAAAAGAGUCAUCUGAAGACAUUUUUGGAACUGAUGCGUGCAGUUUCCCUGAUAAACAGAGUAGUCAGAAGGAAGUACUUCAGGAGUUAUCUGUAAUAGCACCCACUUCUGACUCAAAGCCAUGCAACUUAUCCCAGAGGAAAAGUAACAAUGAAACAGAAGAAAUCUCUUCAGUUGAUCAUCCUGCAGAGCAACAAAGAAAGCGACAUAAGUCAGACAGUAUUUCUUUAACCUUUGAUGAAAGCCUUUCGUGGUGGGUGAUCAGUGGCUUACGGUGUGAUAGAAAUAGCAGUGAAUCAACAGAUACUUCCUCUAACCCAGAUCCAGAGAGACACUCUGUCAGUGACAAUUCUGAUCAAGAUUCUGAUUCAGAUCAGUUUAGUGUUGAAUUUGAAGUAGAAUCUGUUUAUUCAGACGAUUAUAGUCCUAGUGGAGAUGAACAUGGUGUUUCAGAGGAGGAGGAUAUCAACGAUGAGGUAUAUCAGGUGACUAUAUACGAAGCUGAAGAGAGCGAGACUGACUCUUUUGAUGUUGAUACUGAGAUUUCAGAAGCUGAUUAUUGGAAAUGUUCAGAGUGUGGAGAAGUAAAUCCCCCUCUUCCAAGUCAUUGUCCUAGAUGCUGGACUGUCCGCAAAGACUGGCUUCCUGAACAUAGAAGAAAAGAGCUUCAGUCAUUGAAGAGAAAAAGAAUGGAAACCGAGGAAGAUGAAGGCUUUGAUGUCCCUGAUUGUAAGAAAAGUAAACUAACAAGCUCUCAGGACACAAAUUUUGAUAAAAAAGAAGCUGAAAGCAUACAAAGUUCUGAGUCUCAGGAAACUGAGGAUUGCUCUCAGCCUUCUACAUCUGGCAGUAUUGCUUCAUGCAGUCAAGAGGUGACCAAGGAAGAUACAAGUGAGGAAAGUAUGGAGUGUAGUCUUCCACUUACCAGCAUCGAGCCAUGUGUCAUAUGUCAGACUCGCCCCAAGAAUGGCUGCAUUGUUCAUGGCAGAACAGGUCAUCUGAUGGCAUGCUAUACCUGUGCAAAAAAGCUCAAGAAGAGGAACAAACCUUGCCCUGUGUGUAGAGAGCCAAUCCAGAUGAUUGUGCUAACUUACUUUAGCUAAAAGAACUUCAUGUGAACAUGUCCUACACUUAGAAUAAUUAAAGCACUAUAUGAAGACUUAUUAAUAAUUUAAGAAAAAUGUCUACAUACAUAUUUAUAAACUUUUUUUCACAUGGUACAAAAUCCAGAAUUGAAGGAAAAGGGCACCAAGGACCCAAUCUAGCGGAUUGUGCACUAUUUUUCCCAUAUGUAAGACUGCAGUUUCCAGUUAAAUAUGGAAGCUGAUGGUAUUAAUGUUUAGUGCAAGUAGAUUCUUUUGAGAUGUCCACUUAAAUACAAUUUGGUUUAUUUAGAA